ACCGCGCCCAGCAGUCACCGGGCCAGUUUCUCCUGCAGCCCGCCAGCCCAGCACAGCAGCCUGCAGCCAUGACCAGGGAGCUGCGCUGCGCCCUGCUGGCCGCCUGCCUGCUAGCAGUGAACAGUCAGAAGAAGGCUGACGAGAAAGACAAGGAGUUCGAAUGCCCAGAAACCACAGGAAAUGGGAACUACGCUGACCCAGCCACGUGCAGGAGGUUCUACCAGUGUGUAGAUGGAUACCCGUACCUGAACAGAUGUCCAUCCGGGCUUUAUUUUGACGACAUCAACAAACUCUGUACUUUCAAGAAUGAAGCCAGAUGUGGUCCAAUUGCUUCAACGCCGGCGCCCAUCACGGAGGAGCCCCUGGACCUGGCCAAGAAGUGCGACCCCAGCACGUGCGUGCUGCCCUACUGCUUCUGCUCCAAGGACGGCACGCUCAUCCCAGGGGGACUCGACCCCGAGGAGACUCCACAAAUGAUACUCAUAACGUUCGACGGGGCUGUCAACUUAAACAAUUUCGACCACUACCAGCGGGUCUUCAGCAAUGACAGGAGGAACCCCAACGGGUGCGAGAUUCGAGGCACCUUCUUCAUCUCGCACGAGUACGGCAACUACCACAUGAUCCAGCAACUGGCCUACAAGGGCCAUGAGAUCGGCACAGAAACUAUCACGCUUCAGCAGAGUCUCCAGGACAAAGGCUACGAGGAGUGGGUGGGGGAGAUGAUCGGCAUGAGGGAGAUCCUGCGCCACUUCGCCAACGUGUCCAAGAGCAGCGUCGUGGGCAUGAGAGCUCCGUACCUGAAGCCAGGCCGCAACACGCAGUUCGAGGUGCUGGAGGACUUCGGCUACAUAUACGACAGCUCGGUGGGCACCCCACCGAUGAGGUUCCCCGUGUGGCCGUACACGCUGGACCACAAGAUCCCCCACGAGUGCCGCUCCGGGACUUGCCCGACCAGGUCCUUCGAAGGAGUGUGGGAGGUGCCGCUGAACGCCCACUACGUGGAGAGCUACGAAGGCGGCCACUGCCCCUACCUGGACCAGUGCGUGCUGCACAACCACGAUGCCGACGAGGUGUUCGCCUGGCUCAAGGAGGACUUCAGCCGCUACUACGACCAGAACCGCGCGCCGUACAUGAUGCCCUUCCACACCAACUGGUUCCAGAUCAAGGAGCUGGAGCAGGGUCUGCACAAGUUCCUUGACUGGACGUUGACACUGCCCGACGUGUGGUUCGUGACGGUGACCCAGGCACUCAUCUGGAUGACGGAGCCUCGCACCGCCAACACCCUCAACACAUUCGACGCCUGGAACUGCGCCAAGCGGGAGAACAUCCCCCCUCCGCCCUGCAACCUGCCCAACUCGUGCGCGCUGCCGUUCCGCCCUCCGGAGGCCAACGUAUCCCAGACUCGGUACCUGGUGACAUGCCGAGAGUGCCCUGCGCGGUACCCAUGGAUCGGAGACUCCGAGGGUACAGGGAUAGACGGCAAGGACGUGUACAACCCGGAAAACUGAACAUCUGUCAUGUUCUCUUGUUGUUUAGUGACUGAACUCUUCUACAAACUGCAGCUGAUAAAACUUUAGUGUGAUGUUUGCUGUGUAAAGAGUUUUAUUUUAAUGUUCUAAAUUUAGAACAUUGGUGUCACUAAGCUUCUUUAAGCAGUCCACUGCUUUUCCAAACAUUAAUUCUAAUCAACUACGUUUGCAACGAAAAAAACCUGUUUUGAAACAGUGUAUAUUGUUACAGCAUAAAAUGUUCUGGUUUAUAAAUAACAUUGAACAACACAUCUUGAAAUUAUCUCUGUACAUACUUAUUGAAAUGAAAAAGUUAAACAUGUUAUUUUAUAGAAAUGUUAACUUUCCUGAUUAAACACAGGCGAAAUUGUGGCUGUGUUACAUUAACAGAACCAUGUUGAUGCUUCAUUUUUAUCAUCACAAGCUGGUGAAAUAAGUUUUAAAACAUAUUGUGUUGUCAAGGAUGUAGUUAUACUACUGAGGAGAAAAAAUUACUAUUAUAAAGUUUUUCUCAUUCAAGUAAAUAUUUUGAAGAAAUAUUUUAAAUAUUCACAAAUCUUUAAAAUUACAAUACUUUAUUAAACUAUUUAAAAUAAUGCAAUAUUAAACAGUGUAUUACUUUUUACAUUAUACAAAGUUUUAAAAACAUUUUAUAUGGUAUGCACUGGAAAUAGGUUAUCUAUUUAUGUGCCACCUCAUAUACCAGUACUAAACUCAAUGUACCACCAAACUAUCAAAACAGAACAUUUUUCCACAAUUGUUUGCACAUAUAAUUUUAAUUUAAUUAAUUUUGAAAAUAUUUUGUUUCAUUAUCCAUUUCAAAAGCACAAACCUAAUGAGUAAUUUUCAAAAUGUUUUACUGUAAUCGGAAAAGGAUGCAUUCAAAAGAUUUCUGUCUUUGGCUACACUUAAAUUUGACUAUCCAAUCACUCCUAAAUAGUUCAAUACUAUUCACCUUCUCUCAUCAUGGCUUUAAUGGAUGAAAAAUCACUUUCAAGGUCACUUCCUCCACCGUUCCGAAGCAGUCAGUCGUAACAUAAGACAGUCGCCCCUGGGAGUUGUACAGUACACCUGAACUGCAGGCUAGUGACAUGGUCUACCAAGAGAAAUUUUUUUAUCAUAUGCAUAGUCAAACAAUAAAUACCAUCAUUUUUAUUUCCAUCAAGUUUUCAUUUUCCUAUCUGUGGCUUUCGUAAAAAUUUAGAUAACCACAAAAAUAUGCCAACUAUAAUAUUUCGUCUAUUUUACUUGUUCAGCUAUAGAAAUUGUUUUUCCAUAGAUAUUAACACAAUUUAUUAAUGAGCAGCAUGAUAAUACUUGAGGAAAUCAUAAAGUUUUCUUGCAAGUGUGAUACUCAAAAGGCACAUGUUUGAAUUAAUAGGAAAUUAAGAAAGGACAUAGUUGUAUUCCAACUGCUUUCUUGUAUUUACCAACAUAUGACCUUGUUCCAUUGUUUAUGAUUAAAUUUAAAAAUUAAAAAAAGCUUGAAAAAUAAUUGAAACUUUUGCUAAACCUCUGUAAAAUUAAUAUAUUUUACUAUUAAGUAGAUAAAUUUAACUGUCGACAGUACCUAUGUGUUGCAACAACAUUUAAGCUCAAAUGCAGUUGUUUAUUGAGCAAUGAUUGUUGUUCUCAUUGAAAGCACACGACUUGUGUGAACAAUUACUGUACAUAAACACCAGUUGUGUGUAUGUUAUUUGAUUAAGUGUAAAGAAGGUAUGAGUAAUAAUAAGUGCAAUUAUAUAGCAUGUGUGUGUGUUUGUGUGCAAACACUAAAGGAAUGUUUACUGUUUCAAUAAAUAACUUGUUAAAUAUUGUA